CCGGAGCCGGGAGGAGGCUUCGUCUCCCAUCUCCUCCCGGGUCAGGGAGAGCCGCGGGCGGGCGCCGCGGAACAAAGGUCCAGCCUCGGCCGCUCAGCCCCGAUCGGGGGCUUUUUUCCGCAGCCUGAGCUCGUCAUGAAGGCCAUUGAUGAGCCCCCAUAUUUGACAGUGGGCACUGAUGUGAGUGCUAAAUAUAGAGGAGCCUUCUGUGAGGCCAAGAUCAAGACAGCAAAAAGACUCGUCAAAGUCAAGGUAACAUUUAGACAUGAUUCUUCAACAGUGGAAGUGCAGGAUGACCACAUAAAGGGCCCAUUAAAGGUAGGAUCUGUUAUAGAAGUAAAGAAUCCAGAUGGAACUUACCAGGAAGCUGUCAUCAACAAAUUAACAGAUGCAAGUUGGUAUACUGUAGUAUUUGACGAUGGAGAUGAGAAGACUCUUAGACGCUCUUCUCUUUGCCUGAAAGGAGAGAGACAUUUUGCUGAAAGUGAGACAUUAGAUCAGCUCCCACUCACGAACCCUGAACAUUUUGGUACUCCUGUCAUAGGAAAGAAGACAAACAGAGGAAGGAGAUCUAAUCAUAUCCCAGAAGAAGAAUCCUCUUCCUCAUCCAGUGAUGAAGAUGAAGAUGAUAGGAAACAAACUGAUGAACUAUUAGGAAAAGUCGUGUGUGUAGACUAUGUUAAUGUGGAUAAAAAGAAAGUUCUGUGGUUUCCAGCCUUGGUGGUUUGUCCAGAUUGUAGUGAUGAUAUUGCAGUGAAAAAGGACAAUGUUCUAGUUCGUUCUUUCAAGGAUGGUAAAUUUGCUUCUGUACCAAGAAAAGAUGUUCGAGAAAUUAGUGAAGCUUCACCAAAGCUUGAUGCUUUGUUAAAACAAGCCUUUGACCAAGCCCUUGAAUUCCGUAAAAGCAGAACUGUUCCCAGUAACUGGAAGACUGAGUUGAAAGAGGAGAGCUCCAGCAGUGAAGCUGAAGAAGAGGAAGAAGAUGAAAAAGAAAAAGAGGAUAAUAGCAGUGAAGAAGAGGAAGAAAUAGAGCCUUUUCCAGAGGAAAGGGAGAAUUUUCUACAACAGUUAUACAAAUUUAUGGAAGACAGAGGGACUCCUAUUAAUAAACGACCUGUACUUGGAUACAGAAAUUUGAAUCUCUUUAAAUUAUUCAGACUUGUACACAAGCUUGGAGGAUUUGAUAAUAUUGAAAGUGGAGCAGUAUGGAAGCAGGUGUAUCAAGAUCUUGGAAUACCUGUGUUGAACUCAGCUGCAGGAUAUAAUGUUAAAUGUGCUUACAAAAAAUAUCUGUAUGGUUUUGAAGAGUACUGCACAUCGGCUAAUAUUGAAUUUCAAAUGGCAUUGCCAGAGAAAAUGACGAAUAAGCCCUGCAAAGAGUGUGAAAAAGAAAAAGAAUUAAAAAUGCGUGAAGAACCUGAACAGGAUGUAAAAGAAAUAAAAGUUGUUAAAGAAGAGCAUAAGGAGGCGGAAGAAGUAAUCAUACAACAGGAAGAAACAAAACCAUCUGAGAAUGAUAAUGAAUGUAAAGAAGAUGAUAACCCCACCUUUCUGGAAAACAAACAAAACUUGCAAGAAUCUAUGUAUACUCAGUCUGACCAGGAAAUGGAUUUCAAUUCAACCAAAACAGAAGGUGACGCCAAUCUGGGAGAUAAAGAGGAAGAGAAUGUUAAAGAAAUGGAAAUUCUUAACACGAACAUAGAAGCUGAAGGAAAAGAAAAAUCAGGAGAUGACACGAAUAAGGAGGAAGAUGAAGAUGAAGAAGAAGCAGAGGAGGAGGAGGAGGAAGAGGAGGAGGAGGAGGAAGACAACAAUGACAACAAUGAGGAAGAAGAGUUUGAAUGCUAUCCACCAGGCAUGAAAGUCCAAGUGCGGUAUGGACGAGGGAAAAAUCAAAAAAUGUAUGAAGCUAGUAUUAAAGAUUCUGAUGUCGAAGGUGGAGAAGUCCUUUACUUGGUGCACUACUGUGGAUGGAAUGUGAG